AUGCUCGCCAAGGUUCGACUCUCGCUCGUCUUUCUUACUGUCAUAACUCUCUGUUGUGUUCUUCUUACCGGUAGGUGGCUUCCCGACAUUAAAAGUGCAGACGCACGACGGAGAAGACUUGCUAUUCAUGUUCCAGAAGCAGAUAGUUUGGACAACGUGCUCUGGCUCGACAUGAAAAGAGACCGGUCAAAUUUGACUGCACCAAGGAGAGACGAGAUGACCAGUCUGAGACCCAGUCAAAAGACUGCAACACGUGUCGAAUGGAAGCAGCUACAGCAGUUGCUUGAAGCACGUUGUAACACGCCUGCACCUCAGUUACUCUCUAACAAUGAAGGUCUACUGUUUAAAAAGGGCUACGAGCUAGCAGUCGUUCAAGUGCUAACUCGACACGGGGACCGAGCGCCUCUCAAAGGAAUACCUCUAACAAACAUCGCCUCGUUUCGCUGUCCAAAUGCUGACGAAUAUUUCUCUAACAUUGAUGUGAAGUGGAUGAACAAGUGUGACAGAGGACGGUUGACUUGGAAAGGCUGCAGACAGCACGAAGCCCUAGGUAGACAUCUAAAAACAGUUUACCACCUUGACCCGGACGAAAUUGACUCACGUAUUAUGGUGACUAGUACCGAUUAUCAACGAACCACACAGAGUGCUAAGUGUCUACUCAACGGACUAUUGGGCCAUGACCGGUACCCACCUAUAGUGAAGUCAAGAGGCACACUGUUCUAUAAUCCAAAGUUCGGAUUUGUACCUAACUGUCCGUCACUCGACAUGAUCUGGAAACAGAUUCGAUUUCAGCCGGAGUUUCUACGAGCACAUACUACGUGGAUAGACGCGAAAAUCAAAAUGCAAAACUUUCUUUCAUAUUCAAAGAGGAAAGUGAAAUCACACCAGGGUGCAAUCGAGUUCUAUGAAGGACUAGUGUGCCACUACUGUCACCUAUACGACAGUGGACUUUCCAAUAGUAUCACUCCGUGUGUCCGGAAUAAGUGCAUAUCGCCGUCGCUCGGAAAACAAACGAUAAAGGCAGCCGAUAUGUUCACAAGACUCCAAAAUAAUAAAAAAACGGCGCUUCUCCAAAUUCAGCCGUUUAUCGCUCAAAUCGUAUCAAACUUCAGAAAUUGGAUAGACGGAUACAAGCGCUAUCAGUUUUUCUUCUAUUCCGGUCACGACACGACCGUGACCGCUGUGCUCUCGGCUCUCAAUGCGUUUGACGGUCAUCGGCCUCCGUACUCAUCCAGAAUUGUAUUCGAGCUUUGGAAGUCAACUACCAGCGACGAGCACAUGGUACGGACUUUGUACAAUGGACAAGUGAUCGGCUCGAACGUCAUCAGUGAAUUGAUGAAUUUUCAUCUGUUUGAACGUAACCUCACGAUUGGAUCGUUGAGAAGCAGGGAUUCUCAUACAAGAGGUUGUUUGGGACUAUUCAAUUAA